AUGCGUCUGGCUAAUCUUUUUGCUACAUUUGCCACUUUCGGCUCUUUAGUUUCGACUCUACCCACAGAGGUUGCUAGCAACAUUUCUAAGACAUUGCGAGAUGUCAUUGUUUUCCCCAACAACACCUGGGUAGAGAAUAUUGCUGUACGAUCCAACGGAAACCUACUUGUUACUCUGUUGAAUCUGCCCGAAGUCUGGGAGGUUGAACCACUUUCUGGGUCUGCUGAGCUCGCAUACUCAUUCCCCAACGCCAACGCAUGUCUAGGGAUUGCAGAGGUGGGACACGACAUCUUUGCUGUUAAUGUUGGAAGCUUGUCUGCGCCCGGUGUGGGUGCGCCCGGCAGUUGGAGCGUAUGGACACUGGACUACAAUACUGCGAAUCCCAGCUCCAACAAGCCAACAUCGAAGAAUAUUACUGCUAUUCCGCCGGCAGUCUUCCUGAACGGCCUUGCCACCCUACCCACCAAACCUGGUGUUGUCCUGACAGGCGACUCUUUCCUCGGUCAAAUCUUUGCGGUAGAUAUCUUUAAUGGGCAUUACAACGUCGCCAUCGAUGUGCCGGAUUUCAAGCCUAACGCAACUGCAGCUUUACAAUUUGGUGUCAAUGGUAUCAAGAUCCACAACGGCCAUUUAUACUUCACUAAUUCUUUGAUGUCACCUCUUCUUGCCAGCAUACCAUUGUCCACUAAUGGGACCGCUGCUGGACCCGUGAAGACCAUUGCGAAGAGUGCACAGUACCCGGUUGAUUCGGGAUUUCAAGCAGAUGAUUUCGCACUGGAUGCUAAGGCCGAACAUGCAUGGGUUGCAACUAACCUUUCCAACUUGAUUGUCCGAAUUACUAUAGCUACGGGAAAACAGCAGAUUGUAGCUGGUGGGAAGUCGAAUCCUGUAGUUGCGGGUGCAACCGGUGCUGUUUUCGGAAGAAGUUGGUACAAUAGACAUAUAUUAUAUAUUGUUACAGAUGGUAGAUUAGGUGACCCGAGUUCAGCUGGAGUUACAGGGGGCAAGAUUGUAGCCCUUGAUACUACAGAAUUCUAA